CAUCAGCAGAAGAGCCUAAUAUUUUUUUGGCAACAAAUCAAUUAAUUCUCGAAUUUGUACAAAAUAGCACUGGGUUACCAUGGUGGGCAACUAUAAUAUUCACGACCAUAAUUCUUCGUUCAAUAUUUACUUUGCCAGUUGCAAUAUAUCAACAGAAGAGCUACGCUCGAUUAUUAAAAGCUCAGCCUUUAAUAAAUUCAUGUAUAGAAAAAUUGAAACAUAAAGUUGCAAGAAAAUCAAGAAUGGAGAAACGUAGCUAUGAAGAGUUUCAGGCUGCAUUACAGAAAGAGGUUUUAGCAAAGGUUAAAGAGAUAUAUCGAGAAAUUGGAUGGCAUCCAAUAAAAAGUUAUUUGAUGCCAUGGUACCAAAUUCCUUUAUUCAUUUGUAUGUCUUUUACCUUACGUGAAAUGAUUAACUCCGCCGAAGACAAAAAAAAGAUCGAUACCAGCAUUUGUGAAAAUAUCGAACCCAUUGCAGAUGAUAAUAUAAUAAAUACAGAAAAACUGAAUGAUUUUACUAAUGUUGGUGUAUUGUGGUUCCCUGACUUGACUAUUCCUGAUUCAACUUGGUUUUUCCCUUUGGCCAUUGGGUUUACGAACCUAUUUAAUAUUGAAGGAAAGCCUACCAAAAAACAAAUAAUUAUCAAAAAUAUCGGGCGUAUUUUAUGUUUAAUUAUGAUACCAGUUUGCACCCAGACUCCAACGGCAAUAUGUGCCUAUUGGCUUACAUCUGCUACUUUUAGUGCAGUACAAAAUGUUGUAUUUAGAUUACCAUAUAUUCAAAGACGACUUGGAUUUCCUUUAUAA